AAAAAAAAAUGCUGGAAAAGCGGUAUUUUUGUAGAAUUGAUUGAAUCCCAGUAGGUGAAAGAUCCUAGUUGGUGUUUCUCUUGCAGUGCAAGCCCACAGAGUGGUCGUGAAUGCGAUUUGUCCGCUUCCUACCCCCAAUUAAACCACUCUGCUCACCCUUCACACCUUCUUUUCCCUUUUUCCUGUUUUCUAGUAUUUCCCAGCUUUACCUUUCUUCAAAGAUUACAAUUUACGCUAUCUAUGAAAUCACGUGAGAGAAGAAGAAGAAGAAGAAGAAGAAGAGACUGUGUUUCCUAUUCCCAGAAAAAAAAAUUCUCUCUUUUUUUGGGGGGAAGUCAGUGUUUGUCCCAGGAAAAGAAGUUGUAAAUAGUGCAAAAUUGUGAAAUGGAUGGUGAACGCCCGGAGUGGCUGCCGGUGGACUGGAAAGUUUGUGUGAGCGUUCGGAGCUCUGGAAGAAAAGAUAGGUAUUAUGUGAGUCCAUCAAAUGACCACAGAUUCAAGUCCAAGCCUGAGGUGUUUCGGUUUCUUAAGAAUGCUGAGAAAGAUCUCAAACUCAGGCAGCGGAAUAAGGUAGACAUGAAAAAGAGUGUCGAAGAAAGAUUAUUACCUUCGGGAUCGAUCAAGGGUGGCAAGACCAGGAGUGACACGGUAAAGUCAGGUGAAUGCAUUGAAGAUGAGGAAAAGGCAGCAUCCCUGAAGAAGAGAAAGAAAAACAGCAAAUGGAUGAAUGAGUUGCCUCGCAGAAGUUCAAAACGGCUUGCUCGGGUUGAAGCAGAUCCACCAUUGGAUGUUGAAACCAUCGGCAAAUCUAAGCUGUCGGGUAGUACAGAGAUGAGUAACUCUGAAAAUCUCAACCAGCAUGAAGAAGCUUCCACUAAAUUUCCACUGGAAGAUGUUUCAUCUGCUGAAGAGCAUGAGUGUGAUGAAAAGAAGCUCGAGUCUUCACUGAAUGAUUUAGUUAUGGAUCCAUGCAUCGAGUUUGCAAUCAAAACUCUCACCGGUGCAAUCCUGAUAGAAGAUGUGAACAAGAUGCAUGAGGCGUCACCCAUCCAAGCUUCGGCUUCCUCCUCCGCGCUUCCUUUCAGUGAUAUAUGGGGCGAUCCUUGUUUUGAGUUCGCGGUGAAGAUGCUUACCAGUGAAAUCCCGGUGGAGGAUGGCUCCCAUUUUCAGAUCGCAUUCCAGCAGCUUCUUAGCUCAUCAGGAACCACUACCAAAUGACAAUUCCGACCACUGUAUUACAAAAUGAAAAUGUUUGUAGCAAGUUUCUAGGUUUAGAUAGAUGUUCUGUUUUGAUCCCCUUGUCUAAAAUUACUUGAAAUAUUUGUCAUUCUAGUGACUUUUUGCAGCAGCUGGUUAGGCUUUCCUGAUUUUGUAAAUCUAUCUGGAUAAUCUGAAUUAUCAGACUUCAGAUUACAUGGUCCAGACUCCAGAAUGAUUUUUUGAA